CAGCAGCAAUCARGUUUUCUUGGAACCAGUUCACUYYACACGAGAACCAACGAGUUGUGACACAUCGAUCCUCCGGYAAUUCACUAUUCAGUACAUCGACACCAACGGUUGGCUGCAUUGAUGGAGACAAUCCAAUCCAAUCCAAUCCAUGAAACGAAACAUGUCUGCCGGUGAUGACAACCUCGAUGCCGUUGACUUAGACGAAACCUCUUUCAAUCUUGACAACGUCGAUAUGAUAGACGACGAAGUUGUGGAUGUUCACGAUCACGUCGGUGUCGAYGUCGAUGUUGGGACCGAGCACGAGCUUCCGGAGCGGGAAGCCGAAAUCGACGAGGAAAAGAAAAAGGCGUUCGAAAAAAAGCGGGAAGAAAUCUUGUCGGYGGUCCCCCAAUCGGUGAAAGAACGUUUUGGGAAAAUCUACUUCUCAACCUUUGGCAAGUUUAUCGGGCCGGUCCUGAUCAUGAAUCCGUACAAGGUCAAUCCGGGUGCACUUCGGGAGCAAUGGAUGGGUAUGUUCCACAAUGUAAGUUACUAUUGUGUCUAACGUGGUGGAAGAAGAGCACUAUCAGAGACGUUCCGCUGCAUAAUAAUGAUUUUGCAUGCGUGCGAUGUGGUGCUCUGCUGUGGCGCAAUGCGACCCGACGUGAUGAGAUUCUCAUACAAUCUUACUUACUAAUCUAUUGAAAUCGGCUUCGCCCAAUGCUUAUGCAUUUGUGAACAAACAAAUAAACCACAAUAAACGUGAAGUGCAAAAAGAGUGGUAGAGAAGAACAAAUGACCCACUUGACAUACUGGUAUGGAACGUACAACGAUCUUCACAGUGCAUACUCCUUCCAAAAGACUUCUUCACUUAUGAGCUACGAGCUGGGAAUGAAGAAGACAGAAAAGAAGCUGAGAUCUGCGAAGCAGCGACUAAGCGAGGGGAAAAAGAURAWCCGGRRWGAUUCUAAUUUCAUAAACGGAKUCGACGAAAUGGAGGCGGAUCGGUUAAAAGAUCCGACGGAACGGUGCGGUUACGUCGGUUGCAACUUUUUGGAGGAAUAUCACMUUGAAGAGGGGCACGACAACACAACACAGGAAACGCCGGAGCAUAAGAAAGAAMAAAAGAAARCAAAAACCAAAUCAUCAGAUGGAGCCAUUGUCAAAAAGAGGAAGUUAAAAAAAAUGGGAAACAAAUCAAAAACGAAGAAGAUAGAAAAGAAACAGCACCGGGAAGAGGGGACCCAGGAAGCCGCCAAGAACGGGGAAACACCAAAACCGAAAAAGAAAUUGGUGAAGAAGAGCAAAAAGAAAGCCGACAGCUCCAUAGAUAUCUCGAGACCUAUGAAGAAAAAGAAAACUGGGAGUAGUAGUGGGGCCACCGCCAAAGAUCCGAACACCUCKAGUCAAUCGUCUAAUCGAGAAGAAAACCACGCCACCGAAAACGGAAAUAGAAAGCGACAGGAAGAAGAUGUCAAGGGCUCUGAAAAGGGAGRUGAAGAUGUGACGAAAGGGGCCACCAAGAAGGCCAAAGAUAAAAGACCAAGUGCCUACGAUGAGUAUGUUGCGAUGGUCGAUGUUUCGUCACACGGUGAGACAGACGACGAAAACCUGGAACUCGACGACCUGCAAUCCAGUGACGACUCAGAAGACGAAGACUACAUGGUGAACMAAAMAAAACCAAAAGCAUCAAAAAAGAAAASUUUAGAAAAGAAAUCGAAAAGCGGCRAAUCCUCGACAAAGCSGAAAGAAGUGCCAAAAAAGAAGGCGCAAAAGAUUAAAAUCAAACUCGAAAAGCCCGCCACAGCUACAAAMGACAAGAAAUCUGCGGCCAAACCAAACCUGAAACACUUGUACAAAAAAGAACAACGGAAGUUCCACGAGUGUGAGGCUUUGUAUCUUCCUCUUCUCCACCGCUGGGAAAAAGCUAUAACCAACAAAGAUGCCAACCAGCUAUCGAGAAUCUAUGACGAGCUCCUCUCGAAAAUGGAGAUGUUCACCGCACCGUUUAUGGAAGCAUACGAAAUGGGCAAUCUGAUGAAGCGUUCGAGAGGUUUCGAAAACGAAAAAAGAAAGCGUGUCUUGUCAAAAUUCAAGACGGUGUACAAGGAAAAGAAAGCCAUGGUUCCCAAGGAUUUCAAACCGGUCAAGGAAAGCGAAAAAUACGUUUCUCCGGACACAACAAACRCCGUACCACCUACGAAACUCGAACCCCCCGUCGAAGAGACCAGCCAACCAAAGGACAAAACGCCACUCCCAAAACCCGACGAGGAUGGGCAAACCCCGAACCAGCCCCCGGUUACUGCCAAAAGCGGCAACGAGAAACCACCCGUGGACACGCCGAUGCCGGCGGUWCCRAARAAGUCUCUGAAACGAUCCCAGAGCGGGAUAUCCUUCUCCGACACGGACCCGGUGCCGGCACCGGUGCCGCCUCUGCCAAAAAAGAACCAAYCCAGUGCCGCAAAGGCGGAACCGAAGCGGCGAUCAUUCUCCCUCGGAAAGCUGAUGCGCCCGGGGGGGAGUUCGUCGCCAACGCCGGGGAGCAUGGGCGCCAAACCCAUCUCUUCGUCCGUGCMGUCUUCGUCCCAGCCGUCCGCCAAGAAGAGCCAGAAAACCAGCCACCUCUGGACCACCGAAAUCUCGUCGAGCGACAAUUCUUCAAAGAACGAAGACCGGACCUUUGGGCUGGAAUUUUUGCAGCAGGCCGCCYUGUUCAUUCCCGAGGGCAAGACCGUCAACCGCAACGCCGUUGCGCGCAACCUGGAAACCGCUGUCUACCACUGGGCGACGAGGGACGGCGGCAAGAAAAAGGAAGCACCUAGCACCGCUCCGGACGACCGCCGGUGGCUCGACAAGUACUGGAACAAGAUACACGACCUCUCGGCCUGCGUCAGUGGCAAACGCAGGCGCGGGACGCUCGCCGACMUGAUCGCGGAAGGAAAAUUCGCAACCCCGGACGAACUGGUGGGCCUCGGCGGCGAAGACCUAUGGCGUUCGUUUCAGGGAUCCCCGCUGGAGUGCUAGUUCCUUCCGGUGACRAUCAUCGCGAUCGAUCCACUGGAUUGGUGGUUGGAUCCACUGAUAGGGCUUUCACAAUCUGUGUGUGUAGGCGUUGCAAUGGAAGGUUUCCCGACAGGCUUGCUCGCCGCAAGAAUGAAACUGCGSAUCCAACAAACCUGCUUUCUUGUGGAUGAGAUGAGUUCUAGUUCCAUGCUUCCUUCCUUCCCUAUUUAGUGUGAAACGACCGUGUAUUUUUUUGUUCUUGAUUUCAUCCUCUUUCGAUACCUCUUGCAGGCUACGAAUGUUCAUAGUAGUAGUCAUGGUCGAACCAAUCKGAAGCACUUUCGAGCAAUUCGAACCAUGGCUAUUGUUUGGAAAAUCUAAAUAUUAUAGUUAACCUCGUCAACAUCUCGUUAGUUUAAUGAUAAAGCAUUUCUGCUGGAAGCCAAUCCUUUGAACGACGUAAUCUAAUACCAUACGUAAGGUAGAUAAACAAGGUACGAGUACAAUAAGCUUAAAACUAUGCGCGUGUGGUUUUCGUAUGUCCUCCCAAAAAAGAUUUGUCUCACUAUUUUUUCUUUGAUGAAUGACCGAACAUGCAGUUCCGGUUCGAGCUCGUACUCGUGCAUUACUGUAUGUACCAUGCGUUGUGUACAGUGCACCUCCUUCAAGUCACAAUUCGAAAAUCCAUCUAUUUUCGUGCAUCGAUGCGAUCCACUCACUCAAUCCAGUCUAAGUCAUUACUGUUGAAAACCACAACCAAGAAACCCUACGGACAACCUGUGGGCAACAGCCUCCAAAAGCAACAGCAAUAAAUCCAAACUCUGCUGGAGAGAGAAUUAUCAAGAAAAAAACAGAUUGAUCCUCGCGAUGGAAGAAGCAACGCUCGUUUCAACCCAGCGUUCGACAGGACSAAAGGGCAGGUGCCGCGUCAGCAAGCACUCGCUGCCGUCGUUUUCCGGGUUUCUGCUCUCCAUUUUGCUUCUUGUCCAAUCGAUGGUCCUAGUAUCGCCCGAGAUCAUCGAACUGGACAUGAUCAUCGACGCAGACAGCGACCAGGUCCAUUUCGUUCGUGGGUUCCUCCAGGCCCCCGCCUCGAUCAGCAUGAAGAAGAUUCAUCUGAUCACGAACGAAGACAUUUUCUUUGACMUCGACGGCGACGAUUCUCUCUUCGGCUACGACAGCGAGUACGGGGAAGACGGCUUCGACUACSAGAYGGACGACGCCUACUCUCAGCGUACAUCGAGCCCGAUCUCCGGCGAAACCGACGACUUCGAAUCGAACGAGGAGACCCGAGAGCCUCUCCCUCCGCCGGAGAUUGUCCACGAGCAAGACGAGAACAGCGGCAAGGAAAGCGGCGAUGGUAGCCAUGACGAUAGCGGCGCCGAUGCUCCAAUCGAAUUGGAAAAAGAAACAGAAGCGGGCGAAGAAAGUUCGGGCGAGGGUGAGAAAGGAAACAACACGGAGCACGACAACAACAACAACAACGACCACAAUAACAACAACAACAACAAAAAGAAUAACGGUGAGGGUCAAGGUCAGAACAAUGACGGGCCACCAUCAAAUGCGAACAACAAGGACAAGGGCGAGGGUCAGGGUCAGGACACUGAAGGAGCACCUGUUGGAAACGAAGGAAAGGGCAACAAUAACAACAAGAACGACCACAAUAACAACAACAACAACAAAAAGAAUAACGGUGAGGGUCAAGGUCAGAACAACGACGGGCCACCAUCAAAUGCGAACAACAAGGACAAGGGCGAGGGACAGGGACAGGACACUGAAGGAGCACCUGAUGGAAACGAAGGAAAGGGCAACAAUAACAACAAGAACGACCACAAUAACAACAACAACAACAACAACAACAAAAAGAAUAACGGUGAGGGUCAAGGUCAGAACAACGACGGGCCACCAUCAAAUGCGAACAACAAGGGCGAGGGUCAAGGACAGGGACAGGACACUGAAGGAGCACCUGAUGGAAACGAAGGAAAGGGCAAUGGUCAGGGAAAGAAUAACGAAACUCCACCACCCGAAGUGAGCAACAAUGUAGAUAAGGGCGAGAGUGAGGKCGAGRGCGAGGGACAGAGUAACGAAUCACCACCAUCGGUAGCRAACAACGAUGAAGAUCAGGGCGGUGAUGAGGGACAGCCAAAUGAAACAYYACCACCACCGGAAGCGGGCAAGGAUGAGAACGAGGCCGAAGGACAGAACGAUGAAGCAUCGGAAGCGAUGCCAUCACCACCCCCAUCGAAAGCGCACAGCAAUGAAGAUAAGGGUGAGGGCCAAGGACAGCCAAAUGAAGCACCAGCACCACCGCCCUCGGGGGCGAUCAACAAUGAAAACAAGGGCGGUGAUGAGGAACAGCCAAAUGAAACAACACCACCGGAAGCGGACAAGGAUGAGAAUCAAGGCGAAGGACAGAACGAUGAAGCAACAGUAGCACCAACAAGUACAGGUACUUCAUCUGGCACUUCGAUUCGACGACUUGAAAAAAACAGCUCGACUUCAAAGCAAAUCCUUGACAUUGUGGUGUUCAUGCUUCCAACAGACUGYAAAAAGGAYAUAUGGGGUAAUUGUGAUUGGGUGUCCUUGGGAGUCGGUGCUUACGAUUACGAUAUGGAGGGAGGAAUGAGCUACUGUUGCUCGCGCGACACAGCCACGAGGGGGAUUUGUGACACCCAUUCCACCGGGAAGCUGAUGGUCGAUCACAACAUUUUCGACGGAGAGCACCGCAAAGUCGAGAUCCCCUCUCAGCCCCUCACGGAUUUUACGAUGGACGACCCAGAUUUUGAUAUCAGCGUGUCGGGAGAUUACGUCAUGGUGAUUGCCAACUGCGACGACGAUGGCCUCGGGGUCAUCACUCUCGGGACCAUGGAAUGGAAGAGUGUUGGGGGAUAUCUCGUAAGUCUUGCUCUACCGGGCGAAAAGCCUGCCUGAUGACUCGCACACCGACAUGUGCUUCRUUAACACUUGCUUCGCUUCCUUUUUCCACUUUYGUGUUUCGUGUUUCGCUUCUUUYAGCCCGGAGACAUUGUUGGCCUGAUGUACUUUUUUGCUGCCAUGGCAGGCACCUACUUCGUUUUGGUAUUGUGGUAUUCCUGUGGGAUGAGAAUAUUCCAAGAGGCCGCGAUUCCAAUCCAGAAAUACAUUUUGGCAACAAUCGUUCUUGGUUUUCUCGAAUCUUCGUUCCAGGCAUUGAAUUUGUACGUUUGGAAUUUGAACGGAGUGGAGUCACCAAUUCUGAUAUACAUUGGUAAGUGUUUCUUCAACCCGUAGAAACAACAAUUGUUUUCUUCCAACUGCKUYGGCUUUCGCUSGAUUCGMCCCCGGUUCCCUCUAACCUUUGURCCCGACAAUGCAAUGCUCUUUUCCGCUGGUCCAAACCCUAGCUCUCGGGCUGAAGAUUCUCGAAC